UUUUUUUUCCCAAGGAGCUCGCAAACAGGGAAAUUCAAACUCAGUGAUCCUGUGCUUACUUAUAUAGCCAGGACCAGAUUUCUCUUAGUAAAAGUGUUUGCUCCUUUCCUUCUUUUUCUUGCUCUUUCUCUUUUUCUUCCCUAUAAACACAAAGGCUUUAAAACCCUCAGAUCUGGAGCUCUUUUUGCUUUUUCUCGUUACCGUGACAGCAUGUAUCUCUGUUGCUGAAGAAUGAAGCAGGCAGGCUGGAGUUUUUUUAUGUUCAGUGCUUUUGGGACCACUAAAGAGGAGUCCACAGAGAAAUAUGUACAGCAACUGUGCCAACUGAGUUUCCUAUGCUUGUUAUCUGUCACUUAUUCUGACUAAAAGGGUGAAAGAAUGAUGUGAUGGAGGUGAAUAUGGGCUGCUGGUCAGGCACACGGCCACCUCCGUCCUGCCAUGUCCUUCUGAUUUUCGAGCUUCUGGCUGCCAUCUGCCAGGUAGCUGAAGGGACAAUCCCGCUUGGCUUUCACUUCACACAUUCCACUUACAAUGCCACAGUGUACGAAAAUUCAGCAGCCAGGACCUACGUCAACAGUCAAACAAGAAUGGGCAUUACCUUGGCUGACCUUUCGUGGGAUAUCAAGUACAGGAUAGUGUCUGGUGAUGAAGAGGGCUUCUUUAAAGCUGAGGAAGUCAUCAUUGCUGACUUUUGUUUCCUAAGAAUAAGGACUAAAGGUGGGAAUUCUGCUAUAUUGAACAGAGAAAUCCAGGACAACUAUUUAUUAAUAGUGAAAGGGUCAGUCCGAGGAGAGGACUUGGAAGCAUGGACAAAAGUGAACAUCCAGGUUUUGGAUAUGAAUGACUUAAGACCUCUGUUUUCACCAACCACGUACUCUGUGACAAUAGCAGAAAGCACUCCCUUACGGACUAGCAUUGCACAGGUGACCGCCACAGAUGCGGAUAUUGGGUCCAAUGGUGAAUUUUAUUACUACUUCAAAAACAAGGUUGAUCUCUUUUCAGUUCAUCCGACAAGCGGUGUUAUCUCCUUAAGUGGCCGAUUAAACUAUGAUGAGAAAAACAGAUAUGAUCUCGAGAUCUUGGCUGUGGACCGUGGGAUGAAACUUUACGGAAACAAUGGAGUAAGCAGUACUGCUAAGCUUUAUGUUCACAUUGAACGUAUAAAUGAACACGCCCCAACUAUAAAUGUUGUAACCCAUAUUCCCUUCCCAUCAGACAAGGAGCCUACCUAUGCAGUUGUUAACAUUGAUGACCUAGAUGAAGGAGCCAAUGGAGAAAUUGAAUCUGUUUCUAUUGUGGCUGGAGAUCCACUAGAACAGUUCUUUCUGACUAAAGAUGGCAAAUGGAUGAAUGAAUACAAAAUAAAAGAAAGAAAACCUAUUGACUGGGACAGUUUUCCGUACGGUUAUAAUCUGACUCUCCAAGCAAAGGACAAAGGAUCUCCUCAGAAAUUUUCUGCAGUCAAACUGGUCCAUAUUGCUAGUCCCAAGAAAGAAAGCAUCCCAGUGAAAUUUGAAAAGGAAGCCUAUGAUGUUUCCAUCAAUGAAUUUUCACCUCCUGGUGUGGUGGUUGCAGUAGUCAAGCUCAUGCCUGAACCACAAGGUGUGGAAUACAGAUUAUCUCCUAGUGAGGAUGCUGAGUGCUUUAAGAUCAAUCCUAAAACAGGCCUUAUUACUCUUGCUCGUUCUUUGAAAAUCAUUGAGAAGGACCUCUACGAAUUAGAAGUGUCCAUAAACAAAGGUAGCAAUUUGAAAGCACAUGUUACUGUCAGGUUAGAAGAUGCCAAUGACCACACUCCAGAGUUCCAGCAGCCUUCAUACAGCUCGUUCAUCAACGAAAGUGUCCCCGUGGGUUCUAGCGUUUUGGCCAUUUCAGCAAUUGAUAAAGAUAGGGGAGAAAACGGAUACAUAACAUACAGCAUUGCCAGUCUGAAUUCACUGCCGUUUACAAUAAACCAGUUUACGGGUAUUAUCACCACAUCUGAAGAACUGGAUUUUGAGUCCUCACCGGAAAGCUACCGGUUCAUCGUGAGGGCUUCCGACUGGGGUUCUCCCUACCGCCAUGAGAGCGAGGUGAACGUGACCAUAUACAUAGGCAAUGUCAAUGAUAACAAACCCCUCUUUGAGAAAGUAGCGUGUCAGGGGGUGAUUUCAUCUGACUUUCCUGUUGGUGGUCACAUCACGGCGGUUUCUGCAAUAGACAUAGAUGAGCUAGAGCUUGUGAAGUACAAAAUAAUCUCUGGAAAUGAACUUGGAAUUUUUUAUUUAAAUCCAGAUUCUGGUGUCCUGCAGCUUAAAAAGUCUCUAAUCAAUUCUGGCAUAAAGAACAACAAUUUUUGCCUUAAAAUAACAGCUACUGAUGGAGAGAACUUUGCUGAUGCUAUGUUUGUUAAUAUUUCAGUGGUUCAUGGAAAAGUGUCCUCAAAGACCUUUAGCUGUAGGGAGACUAGAGUUGCUCAGAAGCUAGCAGAAAAAUUACUCAAAAAGGCAAAAGCUAAUGUGAAGCUGAAUUUGGAAGACGGCUUUCUAGAUCUUUACUCGGUGAACAGGCAGGCACCACAUUUUGACAAAUCCUUCCCUACUGAUGUAGCCGUUUCAGAGGAUCUGCCUGUUGGUGCCACUAUCCUCAGGAUAAAAGCCUAUGAUGCAGAUUCAGGCUUUAAUGGGAAGGUAGUCUAUACAAUUUCUGAUGGUAAUACAGAUAGUUGUUUUGACAUUGACAUGGAGACAGGGAUACUUAAAGUUCUUAUGCCCUUAGACCGUGAAAAAACAGAUCUCUAUCUCCUUAAUAUUACAAUUUAUGAUUUAGGAAAUCCACAGAAAUCUGCAUGGCGACUGCUGACUGUAACUGUAGAGGACGCAAAUGAUAACAAGCCUGUUUUUCUGCAGGACAGUUAUUCAGUUAACAUUUUAGAAAGCACAAGUCUUGGUACAGAGAUUAUUCAAGUAGAAGCCAGAGACAAAGAUCUAGGAUCCAAUGGGGAAGUGACUUACUCAGUAUUGACAGACACUCAGCAAUUUGCCAUCAACAGUUCUACGGGAUUGGUGUACGUGGCCGACCAGCUAGACCGGGAAACAAAAGCAAACUACACGCUGAAGAUCGAGGCAAGGGACAAAGCGGACAGUGGCCAUCAGCAGUUCUCUGUGGUGCCUCUGAAGAUUUUUUUAGAUGAUGUCAAUGAUUGUUCUCCAGCCUUUAUACCAUCUAGUUAUAACGUGAAGGUCCUCGAAGAUCUUCCCGUGGGCACCGUGAUCGCUUGGUUGGAAACGCACGAUCCAGACCUCGGUUUGGGAGGUCAAGUCCGCUACUCGCUAGUGAACGAUUACAACGGGCGGUUUGAGAUAGACAAAGCGAGUGGCGCCAUCCGCCUGAACAAAGAGCUCGAUUACGAGAAGCAGCAGUUCUACAACCUGACCGUGCGCGCCAAGGACAAAGGGCGGCCCGUGUCUCUUUCCUCCGUCUCUUUUGUGGAAGUUGAAGUGGUGGAUGUUAACGAAAACCUCUAUACGCCCUAUUUUCCUGACUUUGCAAUCAUUGGAUCUGUAAAGGAAAACUCCCGCGUUGGUACAAGUGUUUUGCAAGUUGUUGCUCGGGAUGAAGACUCGGGAAGGGAUGGAGAGAUCCAGUAUUCCAUCAGGGAUGGCAGUGGUCUGGGCAGAUUUAGCAUAGAUGAAGAAACUGGAGUUAUCUACACGGCAGAUAUUCUUGACCGGGAGACAACCAGAUCCUACUGGCUGACAGUGUAUGCGACGGACCACGGCGUCGUCCCGCUCUACGCUACCAUCGAAGUCUACAUUGAAGUGGAGGACGUGAAUGACAACGCACCUCUGACCUCUGAACCUAUCUAUUACCCAACAGUCAUGGAGAACUCCCCGAAGGAUGUAUCUGUCAUCCAGAUCCAAGCGCAGGAUCCUGACUCCAGCACAAAUGACAAGCUGACUUACCGGAUUACAAGCGGAAAUCCUCAGAAUUUCUUCGUAAUCAACUCCAAAACAGGGAAUAACGCGCUGCUUCGCACUCCUGCAGACUACGAAGCAGAUCUGUCUCCAACGCCCGAGCUCUGCCACAAGACGUUCCCGGUCCAACUGUGUGUGGAGGCCUCCCGUUCCCCCGCUUGCAGGACCCCUGUAGCUCUUACAGCAAUUGUUAACAUUGAAAAAGAAUAUUAG